AUGAGCCUCGUUGACUCGGAGCUGAGGGGGGGCCGGGUCUUGUUUUCCCACCGCUCCCGUGAUGUGAUCCCUCCGCUCGUAGGCAUCAAGAGCAGGCAAGUACUCGCUCCACCUACAGCACAGGUCAAAAAUCGUUUUCAUCGAAUUUGCACGGCUACGGUGGAUGUUACAACCCAGACGGAUCAAUUCCGCCAGCGUCCCAAGACACAAUCUUGCCAUGGAUUGUGUCCCCUCGGUCCCCGAGUCACUUCAGCCCAAGACUAUCAAGAAGUAUCUCACGUACAUCAAGUCCCUGCACACAAGAUCUUGGUAUGCCCUUCACAGCCACUGACACUCCCCACUUGUCGAAAACGAAUCAAGCGUUAUCACGGGGGAGAAAAGAUCGAAAAGCCCCAAGCAGCCAGCCAGUCACCCUCUCUGUCUUGUAGGCAAUCCUCGCCUACUCCGAUGUGGAGAAAUUCACAGCCCAGCAGUCCUCGACGAAGCCAUUCACCCCAACAUUUCAGCUGUCCCAAACAUCAUUCCGAUUCCUCCCUGACGGGGAUCCAUCCUUUCCCCCCUGGCUCUAAAACGCAACGCAACCCCCUUCCGCAAAGGCGUCUCCAUUCGGCUGACAGCAGUAGCACCCAAGGCACCUCUUUCCUGAGUCUCUUCCCCCUUUUCCCUCUCCCGAUGAACCCCUUAAACCCAUAA